UUGCCAUUUCAAAUUGGAUUCAGAAUUGGGGUUUUUGCAGCUCGUUGCGGCUUACGAAGCAGUGGGAAAGGUCGUCGGCGUUUUUCAUCCUCUCCUUGCUACAACCGUCGCUCGAACUGCGUCGUCGCGGAAUCUUCAAUGGCUGUACGUAUUGAUGGCGUGCAGCAGAAGGAUAAACCUGAUGCGUUGGUGUCGCGGUUGCCACCGGAAGACGAGCUCUUGUCCGCAUUCGAAAUGGUCUUGAAUAAAAUGGAUUUACCACCGGACAAAAUGCGAAUCCUACGAAGCUAUGAUCUGAAUAAGAAGUGGGAGCUUGUCUGUGAUCAGCGUAAAAUGUAUGCCGUCGCAGAUCCAUCAGUGUAUCUCGAAAAGCUAGCAGCUUAUCUCGAUCGACGAGCUUCAAAAAAGAAGAAAAAAUUACUGGGCGAUGAGACAUCAACUGAAGUGCUGAAACACAUUGAAAUAUCGCUUCGAACAAACAGUAUCGACUGGGUACGAUCGUUCCUCAGUGAUGAGAAUAACGGUCUGAACAUACUGGUGGAAUAUUUGACGCAGCUUCAGGAAGAUGGCUGGGCCAAGUACGUUCUCCGUUUUAAUCAACUUUUCUUGCAGUGUUCACAACUCUCAUUUUACAGCAUUUACAAGCAGUUCAUAUGUGCUUAUGUAAUAAGCGAUGCCUUUGACGGUGCUGCAACGUCGAGCAGUGUCGUGUCAUACCCCCAGACACAGACAGCUACCAGCUCAAGCGAAAAUGGAUAUCUUUUGGAUGAACGGACAACGAGCAGUUUAUUUCGACGAACAACAAGCGUUACAAAGAAAAAUUCGAGGAAUCACGGGGCUCGCGAUGAGGACAUCCAUGUUUGUGUCAGCUGCUUACGGGCCAUCAUGAAUAAUAAGUACGGGUUCAACAUGGUGUUCAGUAAUCCACAAGCGAUCUAUUGUAUCGCUCGAAGCAUUCUUCACCAAAGUUUACGGACCAAGGCGCUGGCGUUAGAACUGCUCGCAGCAAUAUGCUUCGUCAGUGGUGGACACGACCUAAUAAUCAGCGCAUUUAAUCGUUUUCGUGCAGAAUACAAGGAAACCUACCGUUUUCAAUUGUUAUUCUCGUAUUUUGCGAAGCCGCCCGAAUUCAGUGUUGAGUUUAUGGCUUCGUGCAUGCAAUUCUUUAACGUGGUUGUCCAUACCACCGAAAAUAUGAAUUAUCGUAAUUAUCUGCAGUACGAGCUUACUUUGCUUGGCCUCGAUGAUUAUUUAGAGGUUUUGCGCAAAACCGAGUGCGAGGAAUUGCAAACGCAUAUCAGUGCAUAUUUGGACAAUAAAAUAGACGUGCCUUAUUUGUUGGAUGAGACCGAUAAGAAAAUCGAACUGGAAGCUGAGAAUACGCGCCUCGCUGAAGAGUUGUCCAAGAUUAAGGAGAGAUUGCAAGUGGUGGAAGCGGAUUACAUAGCCCGACUGGCACAGCUUGAUCGUCGUCUGAAAGAACUAAAUGCAGAAAAAGAGAAGCUUUUGAAAGAGCAUGAUAGCACAUUGAAUACGAUGAGACGAACGCUGAACGAGAAGGAUAAAGAGAGCCGAGAGCAGCAGGCAAAACUGGAGUCCCGAAUCCAGGAGCUUGAAAGAAUGCAACGUAACAUGAAAGCUGGUUUAAUUGAAGCCAAGAAAGAUCCUGCAGCAACAGCAAAGCAACGAAGUCCAACAUCGCCACCGUCGCCGCCAUCGUCAGGAGCUCAGCAAGGGAAUGAGCAAGAGAAUUCGAUGAAAUCGAAUCCCACACCAACCCCUACUCCAUCACAACAGUCGAUGGGCUUGGUUGGCAAGCCUCCAGCACCGCCAGCACCACCACCACCUCCGCCACCACUGGCAAGCUUUUCCAGUACCACUCAGCCUUCCUCGCUGCAUCCACUUUCUCCACCUGCCACUGAUAUCGUUACCAUCAAAAAAGUCUACAAUACCAGGUAA